ACAGGUUAUUUCUCCACUAAGGCUGCACAAGCGAGUUUAAUUACGACCUAGAGAACUUGUUGUUCUAUUCAGAUCCGCUUCAUACCCUCAGACGGAUCUGUAGCCUGUAUAAGUGAUUUAUAAACAGCUGAUUUACUGAAGAAUCUGCGCUUCUCAUGGCAAAGCGAGCAACGCGACAGAAGAACCAGCUGCCACCGUGUUACUAUGAAGGAUUCCUGGAGAAGAGGUCGUUUAAAGACAAGACAUCUCGAAGACUGUGGACGUGCCUGUGUGGAAACACGCUGUUCUUCUUCAGUGACAAGAAAGACAGUGAUUACAUAGAGAAACUGGAUCUCAGUGAACUGAUCUCAGUAACAGAUGACGGCAGCCAGGAUUGGAACUUAGAUGCAGUCAGACUCAACCUUCAGAUGAAGGAUGAAACAAUCAAAUUCACUGUCCCUAGCUCAGAGGCUCGUGAGCUGUGGAAAGGCUUCAUCCACUCUGUGACUAAGCUGUCAGUACCAUCCCUCAACCUGCUGCCAGGCCAGAUCCACAUGCUGAAAGAGGCAGUCGAAAGGGAAAAGGAGAGAAUUAAAACCGUCCCUCCACCUGUGGUCACCAGCCAGAGUAAUUACGUCACUCUCCAAGCAGACAUGCCAGCGUGCUUCCACAGUGUGUCCCGUCUGGAGGCAGAGCUGCUGCUUGAGAGAGAGUUUAAAAGAGGAAACCUGCUGCUGAGGCCUGGGAGCGACGGAAACUCAUUUGCUGUCACCACCAGACAGGACCUUGACGGCCCUUUAAUCAGUCAUUACCGCAUUACUCGUAACCCUGAAGGAGGCUUCAUCAUUGAUGUGGAAGAUCCUGUCCUUUGUGCCACACUACAUGACGUAAUCAAAUAUUUAGUGGAAAAUACUGGCGGAGUUUUGAUUCCCCUCAUCAUGGAGGAGGCAUACGAGAAAAACAUCUCUUUUAUUCGGGCUGAUAAGGAAAAUGGAGAGAAGAGCAUUCAGCAGGCCCUGCCAAACCCUGUCCCACCAAGUGUACCCCCCAAACCAGCUCCAAGAGUGCCGACACCUGAACCAGCACCAGCAUCGUGUGAAGAAGAGCCCUUAUAUCUGAAUGAGAGCGAACUUGACAAAAACACUACAAAGAAAGCAAUAAUGCCCCCAAUUCCUGCUCCUCGCAAAUGGGCCUCUUCUAUAUCAAUCACCUCCUCUACCUCCUCCACAAACAGCCUGGAUAUGAGGAUGAGAACACAGUCAGACAGUCUGGGAAAGAUUCCUCUCGCAGCACUGUCUGAGCUGAAACUCAAGCUGGAACAAAAGGCGAAGAGUCAAGAGUGACCCCUGCUGGUGGCACAGCAGUGCAGAGCCACUUACAAGUCUGUCCCUAAAAGCUGAACAUGGGAGCGGAGACACAGCCUGCCACGAUACAUGAUGCAUUUUGGACCUGGCUCUGCUCCCACCCUCGUCAGCUGGCUGUAAGCAGUAAAGGCUCUCUGAAGAUUAACGCUUUAUUGAUUCACCCUUCUCAGACAUUCAUUAGCCAAAUCAAUUGAGUGUAACGAGGGAUGUACAUGUCACAUUAUCUUCACUGUUACUCUUGUACAUUUUGUAUAUUUACCACUGACAAUGUUGUAUAUUUUCCUAAUAGAUUGAGUCAGCUUUUCUGUAUCAGUGUUGUUGUUUGCCUUCAUUUUGAGUAGCUGUUGAACUGUAUUGUAUAUAUUUUUACAUAACUAGGAUGGCUACAGUUAUUCUGCCUUAGAGGCAUGUGAUGUUUAUAUACUAUAUAGUGUACCACAUUGACUUGUUGCUUGUUGUUAUUGUACCCACUGUAUGUGGAUGUAUUGUACAUAACUUUUCAGAGAUGAAAACUCUUGCUUCUGUCACAUCAAAUCAGAUAAAUGUGAACAGACAAGUUCUAGUAUGUGCCAUGCAGCAGUUAGAAAUCAAUCAGUUUUAUGAUGACCCAGUACCCUGUGUUACACCUCUUACUACUUUUCUUGAUUUGUUUGUUUUGUGUUGUUGAAGCAGAAUUCCAAGAACAAUGUGCUCUCACUCGUUUAUUACCUCAAUGACUGACACAUUAUAGUGGAAAAAUUAAACUAUUUACAGUAAAUUGGAUGUCAGCAUGUGAAAUAAAGUUAAACAUAAUUCUCA